AUGGAUGAGGAGGUUGUUGAAGAUAUAAUAACUGUGCACGAAGAAGACCCUGAAGAUGGAAUUGAGGACUCAACAACAAAUGGAAAACAACAUUAUGCUUGCACAUCUGGAAAUAAAGCUGUGAAAAAGAUAUACACAUUUAAGGUUUUACUGAAGAAAGAUGAAGAUACUAUUGAAUGCAGCUACUUAACUUUUGAACGUUAUGGAUUCUUAUGUCAUCACAUAUUUUGUAUGUUUAAAGCUAAGGAUAUUGAAGAAAUUCCUGAAAAAUACAUUCUUAGAAGGUGGAGAAAGGAUUUAGUACCACCAGGAAUGCGCACAAGAAGAAGAAGGUACGGUGAGUCGAGUGAAGAAUGUGAGAAGCUUGCUAAUGAGUUGCAUUUCAUUGUAGAGAAUUGUAUUAGCAUGUUAUCAAAAGAUGAAGCAAAACUUUCUGUUCUUGUUGAGAAAGUUAGAGAACUCAAAGACGAGAUUGAAGAUAAUGUUUCAAAUUCCAGAACAAAGAAAACAAAGGAAGUUAUUUUGGAUUUCCUAGGUGUUGAACAGCCAGAAACAAGAGAAGUUGAAAAUCCAGCAGUUAUAAGUUAUAAGGGGAGUCAUUCAGAUACGAGAUUGAAAAGUUCAAAGGAAAUCGCAAUGGAAGAGUACGUGAAGCCAAAGAGAAAAUGUGCAAAUUGUGGUAUGAUGAUGAAUCAUGACAAAAGAAACUGUGAGAAGAAGAAACUAAAAGCAGAAAAAGCUAAGGCGGUUGUAGAAACUCUUCGAAGAUUUAACAAAAAGUAA